UAAAUAGAUGCUGCACCCAGAGGAAGAAGCAUGAGGACACCAAGAGAAGAGACAAAACAUCCAGCAGUGCCAGAGGGAUGGCAAAGUGGACCUGCUUGGUGUAUUUGGUCAUUGAAGUGCUGUUCUGGACAGUUUGGGGUGACCCAAAUGGAACUAACAAUCUGGACUGCAACUCUAUGAACUCUUUUGAUGAAUCUUUUGUCCUCCCACACUCCUGGAUACCUUAUAACAUCUCUGUUUCACAAAGGACUUUUAAUCCACAUGAUGAAAUCACAGUAACACUGCAAGUUGCCAAUAGCACUGGAUUCAACAGAUUCCUGCUCCAGGCCCAAGGCCCUGAUGGAACUGCUCCUUUUGGUACUUUUCAAAUCACAGACAGAAACACACAAGGCCUCAUGUGUAAAAAUAUUGAGAAUUCUUCAGUAAGUCACAGGGACAGCAGCAAUAAGCAGUCAGUCCAGACAAUUUGGAUAGCACCUCCUGAAAGUGGAAAUAUUCAGUUCAGAGCAACUGUGUUUCAAGAUUUGGAUGAAUCUGGAGUUAGUAUUAAAAGCCAAACUCUCCAAACCUUGACAGGAUCAAUGAAGACUUUACAAUCAAUGAAUUCCAGUGACUGUGGUAAAAGCAAGUUUUGUUUCAGAAGUCCGGAAAACUGUGACCCUACAGAUACAGAUUGUCUGUUCAUGUCUUCUGAAUUGAUGGAUCAUCAAAGUUUCAGAUUUGAAAUGAGCAGCCUUUCUGACGGUUAUGUUUCUAUUGGGUUUUCCAGUGAUACAUUAAUGGGGAAUGAUGAUGUUUAUAUCUGCGUGCUGAAUGAGACUGGACAAGUAAUAGUACAAUAUGCCUCAACAACUGGCCGAAGAGCUCCAAUUAUUAAACCCCUGGGUGAAGUGAGGAAUAUAGAGACAUCUUUCCACAACGGUGUCAUCAAAUGCAAUUUCAUCACCAGCAAUCCCAUAUCAAUUGAACAAAGUGAUCCUGAUGGCCUCUAUUAUGUUUUUCUGACUUUGGGACCAGCUCAGAAUGGAACUAUACGGAAACAUCCUAACCCUCCUUUAAUAACAUCUCAGAAAGUAAACAUUUCUGAACCAACAGAAGCAGGAGGUUCCUCCUCAUCUACCCCAGUUCUUAUUAAAGUCCACAGAUCUCUGAUGACAUUGACAGUGGUAUCCGUAAUAAUAGCUUUUAUACUGCCCUUUGUACAUGUCCAAGGAUGGAGUGGCAAUUGGCCUCAUCCUAUUAUGGGUUGUAUUGUAAUGGUACUGGCUUUCCUUCAACCAGUGAUUGCUCUCUUCCGACCUCCACCUCAACAUAAAAGGAGAAUUAUCUUUAAUUGGUUCCAUGCUCUAAAUGGUUUUGUAUUAAGGAUUUUAUCAGUUGUUACUAUACUUCUAGGAUUGAAGAGUAUUGAUGCAUCUCCUAAUGAAUGGAUAGGAAAAGUGAUGGGAGGACUAAUUGGCUGGGAAAUAUUAAGAGAUGUGCUGUUCUAUGCAAAUAUUUAUUUUUGGAGGAAAGAUGGUGAAGAAAACCCAAAAGGAAAGAUAAAAAAUGAAAAAAUACUGGUAAUAGUUUCCCUGUGUGGAAACCUCAUAUUUGUGAUAACCCUGCUUGUUGGAAUUGGACGAUCCUAGAGAAAGGACCUUCACCCAUUUUUUAUUAAAUGAAGAUUCUGAGAAUCAUUGUCAUGUUGACGACAUUUCCUACCUAAUAAAAACUAGGAAAAUA